AUGGCAGACGAUAUUGAUAUUGAAGCAAUGCUUGAGGCUCCUUACAAGAAGACUUUGUGAACUGUCAAUCAUAAGGAUGAGAACAAGUUGAGCAGUGCUAACGGCCAUGAAGACCAUUCCAGAAGGAGGAAAAAAAGCAAGAGCAGAAGUCGUAGUCAUGAACGAAAAAGAAGCAAAAGUAAGGAACGGAAACGAAGUAGAGAUAGAGAAAGGAAAAAGAGCAAAAGCCGUGAAAGGAAGCGAAGUAGGAGCAAAGAAAGGAGACGGAGCCGCUCAAGAAGUCGAGAUCGCAGAUUCAGAGGCCGCUACAGAAGUCCUUACUCCGGACCAAAAUUUAACAGUGCCAUCCGAGGAAAGAUUGGGUUGCCUCAUAGCAUCAAAUUAAGCAGACGACGCUCUCGAAGCAAAAAUCCAUUCAGAAAAGACAAGAGCCCCGUGAGGGAACCUAUUGAUAAUCUAACUCCUGAGGAAAGAGAUGCAAGGACAGUUUUCUGCAUGCAGCUGGCAGCAAGCAUUCGGCCAAGGGAUUUGGAAGAGUUUUUUUCUACAGUAGGAAAGGUUCGAGAUGUGAGAAUGAUUUCUGAUAGAAAUUCAAGACGUUCCAAAGGAAUUGCAUAUGUGGAAUUUGUUGAUGUUAGCUCAGUGCCUCUAGCAAUAGGAUUAACUGGCCAACGUGUUUUAGGAGUGCCAAUCAUAGUACAAGCUUCACAGGCAGAAAAAAACAGAGCUGCAGCAAUGGCAAACAAUCUACAAAAGGGAAGUGCUGGACCCAUGAGGCUUUAUGUGGGCUCAUUACACUUUAACAUAACUGAAGAUACGCUUCGGGGAAUCUUUGAGCCUUUUGGAAGGAUUGAAAGUAUCCAACUCAUGAUGGAUAGUGAAACAGGCCGAUCUACGGGAUAUGGAUUUAUUACGUUUUCUGACUCAGAAUGUGCCAAGAAGGCUUUGGAACAACUUAAUGGAUUUGAGUUAGCAGGAAGACCAAUGAAAGUUGGUCAUGUUACUGAACGUACUGAUGCUUCCAGUGCUAGCUCAUUUUUGGACAGUGAUGAACUGGAAAGGACUGGAAUUGACUUGGGAACAACUGGUCGUCUCCAGUUAAUGGCAAGACUUGCAGAAGGUACAGGUUUGCAGAUUCCACCAGCAGCACAGCAGGCUCUACAAAUGAGUGGCUCUUUGGCAUUUGGUGCUGUGGCAGAAUUCUCUUUUGUCAUAGAUUUGCAAACAAGACUUUCUCAACAGACUGAAGCUUCGGCUUUAGCUGCAGCUGCCUCUGUUCAGCCUCUUGCAACACAGUGUUUCCAACUUUCUAACAUGUUUAACCCUCAAACAGAAGAAGAAGUUGGAUGGGAUACAGAGAUUAAGGAUGAUGUGAUUGAAGAAUGUAAUAAACAUGGAGGAGUUAUUCAUAUUUAUGUUGACAAAAAUUCAGCUCAGGGCAAUGUGUAUGUGAAGUGCCCAUCAAUUGCUGCAGCCAUUGCUGCUGUCAAUGCAUCGCAUGGCAGGUGGUUUGCUGGUAAAAUGAUAACAGCAGCAUAUGUACCUCUUCCAACUUACCACAACCUCUUCCCUGAUUCUAUGACAGCAACACAACUACUGGUUCCAAGUAGACGAUGAAGGAAGAUAUAGUCUCUUAUGUACAUAGCUUUUUUUCUUUCUUGAGAAUUCAUCUUGAGUUAUCUUUUAUUUAGAUAAAAAUAAAGAGGCAAGGGUCUACUGUCAUUUGUAUACAAUUCCUGUUACCUUGAAAAACUAAAACUGUUAACAGGAA